CGUGGGAACCCCGUACUCUAUUUACCAAUAGACGUCCGCGGGUAUCUCCAAUCAUUAACUCCGUACCCCGAGAAACCGGGUGGCGGCCAAGGGUUCAGAUAACGAAUGGACUUGUGCGACAUGCUUAUGGAUGGCAAGACACCCCGUGCGGCUUUUAUAAAGCCUAGACUGUACCUUCAUGCAUAUAAUGGCGCCCUAGGUAGUAGACAUCCGACCUGCUACCCAAACUUUGGGGCUCCGGUAUUCAGAAACUCAACAAUCGCAGAGCUGGUAAAAGAAAAAUACAGAGUAUUGUUAUUCGUCCAGGUUAAGAUCAGUUCUGAUGGGUGACCAAAUGACAGUUACCGCUCUUGCGGAUAUCAUCAAGACGCAAGCUGAGAUUCUCGAGACUAGCCUGCCGCGUCACGCUUACACUGACUAUCAUGGCGAUAAAAGCCUCAGCAUCGCGAGGUCGAAACUGCUCGAGGCCUGCGAUAAGUUGAACCAUCUGGUGACUGAUGUAAUGGGCAUCGCGCAAGGCCACCGCGUCCACGCGGCGCUGCAGUACGUCUGUCACUUCCGGUUAGCAUCCUUCGUCCCGGCAGACGGCACGCCCAUCACAUACGAGGACUUAGCCCGUGCAGCCGGUGUCGAUACCUCACAAUGUACUCGCGUGUUACAGCUUCUCAUGACGUACCAUAUCUUCCGCGAACCAGGUACCCGUAUCGUCGCGCAUAACCGCAACUCUCGCGUUCUGCUCGACGAGCACACCGGUGCUGCCGUAGAAUGGCUAACGCAGGAGUCUCUUCGGUCUAGCGCCUUCUUUACCGAGACCCGGGCUAUGAGCCGAAGAUGGUCUACUGGUACGGCUGGUGCCGGUAGUAACGAUAUCGCCGCCCCGGCUACUAUUCAAGGUGUGAUGAGCAGCGCUCAACAACAGACGGCACUUGACCUCGCAUGUACUGGUAUCGAACAACCCACGGCCGGUUUCUUCGCGCAGCAGCGUAUGAAUGCCGAGACCUCCAUGAAAGCGGACCGGUACGCGCGUGCGAUGGCCGGUAUGGCUAAGCGGCGGCAGCUCAGCGUGGAACACCUGGUCUCUGGAUAUGAUUGGAAUGCGCUUCCACCUAGCUCGACCGUCGUCGACGUGGGUGGGGGCAGCGGACACUGCUCGAAGGCGAUCGCGUCCUAUAACCCCACGCUUAACUUCGUCGUGCAGGACUCUAACACGGCUCUAGCCGAGGAGGUCGACGUAGAGGAGUUAGGGGACCGCCUGAAGUUCAUGGCGUAUGACUUCUUUAAGCCGCAGACCGUUUCGGGAGAUGUCUAUCUCUUGAGACGCAUAUUACACCACUACUCAGACCAAGAUGCAGUGCGUAUCUUGCAAGCGCAGCUGUGCGGUGUAAGAAGCAAGCCUGAUGCUAGAAUUGUGGUUAUGGAUAAUAUUGCGAUACACAGCGGCACGCUAAGUACUCUCGAAGAACGUAAAACCAGGACCCUUGAUAUCGCGAUGAUGGCUCUCUUCAAUAGCGUAGAACGUAAUCUCGACGACUGGAAAGAACUAUUCAAGAUGGCCGACCCCAAGUUGAAACUUGUCAAAGUCGCGAAGCCGCUCGGAAGUGCUCUGGCUGUGAUGGAGCUCUGGUUGGAGCAGACCUAG